GUGCAUGGUCAGCAGUGAUAUGGUAUUAUGUAUGGAGUUCACCAGUCCAAAGAGGAUGAAGGAAGUAUGUGAUCGAGAUGUCUGGUAUUUGGACCGGAAAACCUUCCCACUUACGCUUUCCAGAACACCUACCCCAGUAGCUGGGACUAAUGAUUAUGAUUUUAAUCUUAUAUUGUAGUCAGGGGCGGACUGACAACUCAUGGGGCCCCCGGGCAAUAGGGGAUCAUGGGGCCCCUGUGUCCUUGCCCAAGCUCAAAAAAGCCUAU